AUGCAUUACGGUCAACCUUCGGUGAAUUCAGGGUUUGGCACCGUUAUUUCUCGAGGGGACGAGUCCGCAGGCGAUCUUGCCGAUGAUACAGCUGGAGGCCGCAGAGAGGCCAAAUCCGAUCUUAAAGCGCUAUUGGCUGAGGAUGGAUUUCAAGAUUACGACAAGGCAUGGGCUCUUUAUGCCAGAGCCGGCCACCCUCUCGAUGUGAGCUCGGCAUUACUCGCAGCUCUCAGUGGCUCAGACCUAGAAGCCAACACCAGAAGAGCGAAGAGGCUGCUUGACUCGAUCCCCGACGACUCGCGAUCCGUUGAGGAUUACGUGCAUUUGGCCCAAUCUUACGUGGCCACAGGGAAAUUUUCUGAAGCGAAUGAAUUAUGCCAGCAAACCGUUUCUCUGGGCCUUGCUUUUGGCCUUCCAUGCUGGGGGUUUACUUUUGCACACAUGGUAAAAAGUGAACAAUGGGACUGGGUGCGAGAGAUCUGGGAUUCAAAGCCCGCGUGCUAUAAGAGUGAUCUGUGGCUUCCGCCUUUGACUGCCUUUGCAGAGCACCUGCGGGACCGGGGUGUCACUGAUCCGUCACGUGAAAUUGCUGGCUUCUUACUAUAUAAUCUCUUUCUCAGUCCAGACUUCGCGGAGAGAAACAGCACGGAGGUUCUCCUAAUGAUUCUGCAAAAGUUCAACAAUUUGGAAAUUCUCAACUUCCGGCAUUAUCUGAACCUUAUCACAACACUCAACCAAUCCGAGCAACGAAGGACCUUUAUGCAAGAUCGUCGCCCUUCACCAAAGCUUCUUGAUUCAAUUCUGACACGCCUUACCGAGUUUGACAUCACAACUGGUCCGUCGGUGCACGCUUAUAAGCAGGCGCUUACCGUUUUUUCCAGAGCUGGCGACGUGGACACCGUGAAGCAAAUAUUCGAAAAGCUAGUUUCUGACCAUGGACCACCCCGAAGCCGGAAGCUCUUGGCACCAACUCUUUACGUCCACUCCAGACUAGGCGAUGUGCGAGAGACACGACGCCAGUUUGAUCGAAUGGAGGGGGAGUUUGACCUCCGGCCAGACACAGUGUCUGGGGACCUUGAAGGAGCAUUCGCCACAUUCAAGCAAAUGCUUGAAACGGGGGUAGAGGCCAGUUCACAUACUUUUGGUAUAGUGAUGGGCCUUUGCGCGAACCGGGGUGAUAUUGACCGUCAUCAUGUCCAGAUCACAGCCCCCAUGAUUGAUACGCUCGUGGAGGCCCACUGCAACAAUCAAGAAUGGGACGUGGCCGAGAGUGUUGCGGAGACCUGCCUUGGCUUAGAUGUCAAGGGUUCUCGGGUGAGAAUGAUGGAUCUAGAGAGCAUAGCUAGAGUCCGCUCGCGCAUGGGGGAAGCUUCGCUCGCUUUAACACUCAUAGGUCAAACGGAUUCUGCCCGCCGCAUUCUUAGAACGCUCCACCGUAGCCAGCAAGUGUAUGCUACAGAGUUCCACUACGCAAUCAUCUUGUAUGGUUACCUCAGAGCUCGGAACCGGGACAUGGUGCAUCCGGGGCUUGGGGCGAGGCUACUUCUUCUCAGGAGUCAAGUACAGCGAGACUUGCAGCUUAUGACCGCCGAUGGCAGAACCGGGAGUAACGCGAACAUCCGCCUCGAAAAUUCCGAAAGAUCACUCGCAGAGACCAUUGCCGAGCACCACACCGGCAAGAUGGCGACAAAAUAUCCCUUGGUGGGCUCGAAGAAGAUGUCUGUCAGUGCCUACCCUGCUGUGUAUUACGAAUACAUCAUCGGUGCCUAUGGGAAGAAGGGUGCCUCUAAGGCGGCUCGGAAGUUGUUCGACGAAUUCAUAGCUGGCCAGUCGUCUAAAGGCCCGGGAAUAGGCAAUGAGCUUGACGUAGCGCCACUUCGUCUGUUGACUGCACUGAUGCGCGCACACCUGAACGCCGAGGAAUUCCCGCAAGUUGAAGACUGUUGGGACAUUGUACUCCCCCGCGCUUUGAAGAUAGCCAAUUCCAGGUCUCCUGAGAUUGACGAGUGGCUUUCUGAGAAGCUUGCUGGGGCGAAUACCGUGGUGAACGAGGACUUCCAGAAGAAGGCAAAGCCGUCAAUCUUGACAGCACACCGCUUCAUGCUUUCCCGUCCUCUCUCUCUGUAUAUGCGUUCUCUGGCUUAUCGGAACGAGUUGUCGAAGAUACACGGGGUUGUUGCCGCGUACCAGGAGGCAGGAUUUUCGAUGACUACCUUCAAUUGGUCUACUUUCGUUCAGUUGCUUUCAUGUUCUGACAAACUGGACGACCUUGUCCAGGCCUUCACCAUCUUUGAGGAGAAGUUCAUGCCAAACUUCACUCAAUGGCGGUAUGUUCGUCGAGGAUACGGUGCAAGACCUGCUGGUGUGCCUCGCACAAUUGAUGCUUUGGAGCCUCCAAACAAGGGCAAGCACCCAGACGUGCUAGGAAAAGAGGGCCGGCGAUACUGGAGCAAGGUCCAGCCGGAUUUCAUGCAGCCUACCUAUGUGUCCAUGGUAUAUCUGGCUGCGGCCUUACAACGGGUCCGUGAACGUAGUAUUUACGGUGGAGCGACUGAACUCGACGUUCUCCACCAAAGCGCACCAAAGACUCUUGCAGCGGCUGCCGACAUCCCUUACCUCCGCGACAAAUUCCAGGGAGUGCUUCUCCGACAUCGGGAACAGCAAGCAGACGAUGCGGAUUAUUAUGGAAUGAACCACUUUGUGUGGACCGGCGGUGUUCUUGGAGCUGGUGGUGUGACUAGAACCGGCUCGGUGCGCGAGCCAAUCCCUGAAUCAACCGAUGGAGAUGGCACGGCCGAGGAAGGAGAUAAUGCCAAGUUGGAGCAUGCUGACACAGCACCGUCUGAUUUGGACAGCCUUGUUGUGGAUGAUAGCGAUGACCGGAAGAGGACCAUUGACUACCCCGACGAACAAGACAUUGAGGUGGAGACUCUGCUGGAGCAGAGGGCCAAGGAAGACGGAACCACGGAGGAAGUAAUGGACGUGGAGCCGCCGCUCGGGGCCAUGGACGAGGAUCACUAUGUCGAGUCGGACUUUGAGGAAGACGACGAUCUCGAGGAAGAUAACACCGAAGAAGGUGGCCCCCAAGAAGAUAACCUCCAGAAAGAUGACCUCGAGGAAGAGGAUGACCUUGAGGUCAGUUUGACGACGACGCACAAGAUCGAGUGCGUGCCGCCGUCGAGUUUCUCGAUCCCAGUCAGCCUUGAUGAAGUUCGUGCGCACAACCGUGAAAUGGCCGAUGGCCUCCUCACGUCUCCCUACGAAUACACCGAAGCCUUCGAGAAGGCUCUCAAAGAGAUCAUCAAGACAUUGCCGAACCGGCCGAGCAAGGACACGGCGGAUGAAGUGGACUACCAUUGCGGUUUUGUCGGCGCCUUUGGAGAAUUUUCCUGCAACCCCCGAACGCUGGGAUCUAACCACCUGAAUCGCAUGAUCUCGCUGGAGGGAAUCGUCACGAAGUGCUCACUGGUCCGACCCAAGAUCAUACAGAGUGUGCAUUGGAGUGAGCGCAACCGGAAGUUCCUCACGAGGAAGUACAUCGACGCGACCAUGACUGCUAGUGGGGCGACGAGCAUGAGUAUCUACCCCCAGGAAGAUGAGGAAAAGAACCCGCUUAUUACGGAAUACGGUCUUUCAAAAUAUAUGGACCACCAGACCAUCUCGAUUCAAGAAAUGCCCGAGAGAGCGCCGGCUGGCCAGCUUCCCCGAAGUGUCGAUGUGAUUAUUGAUGACGACUUGGUCGAUCGCGCUAAACCAGGUGACAGGAUUCAGCUGGUCGGAACCUACCGGACUCUGGGUAACCGAAAUGCAUCCUCUUCAUCGGCCACCUUCCGCACACUUGUCCUAGCCAACAACAUCAUCCAGCUGUCGUCCAAAUCUGGUGGAGGAAUCGCGCAGGCUACCAUUACCGACACUGACAUCCGCAACAUCAACAAGGUCUCCAAGAAGAAGGGCAUCUUUGAACUAUUGUCACACUCCCUCGCCCCGAGUAUCUACGGCCAUGACUACAUCAAGAAGGCCAUCUUGCUCAUGCUACUGGGCGGUAUGGAGAAGAACCUGGACAACGGCACGCACUUGCGUGGUGAUAUCAACAUCCUCAUGGUCGGUGACCCGUCGACAGCCAAAUCGCAGAUGCUCCGUUUCGUGUUGAACACCGCCCCUCUUGCAAUUGCAACCACAGGUCGCGGUUCCUCCGGUGUUGGUCUUACAGCCGCCGUCACAUCCGACAAGGAGACCGGUGAGCGGAGACUGGAGGCUGGUGCGAUGGUUCUGGGUGACCGUGGUGUUGUCUGUAUUGAUGAGUUCGACAAGAUGAGUGAUGUGGAUCGGGUGGCUAUCCACGAAGUUAUGGAGCAGCAGACAGUCACAAUCGCCAAGGCCGGUAUCCACACGAGCUUGAACGCCCGCUGCAGUGUCUUGGCCGCUGCCAACCCGAUUUACGGACAAUACGACCCCCAUAAGGACCCGCACAAGAACAUUGCCCUUCCGGACUCAUUGCUCUCCCGUUUCGAUUUGCUCUUCGUUGUGACCGAUGACAUCGAGGACUCGAGAGACAGGAUGGUGUCGGAGCACGUCCUGCGCAUGCACCGCUACCGCCAGCCCGGCACCGAGGAAGGUGCUCCUGUUCGGGAGCAGCUUCACCAGACCCUCGGCGUCGGUCUCGAAGACACCCAGGACUCGAACCAGCCUACCGAUGUCUACGAGAAGUUUAACGUCAUGCUCCACGCGGGCAUGGCGCACAUGCACCGGGGCAAGAACAAGAACAUCGAAAUCUUGAGCAUCCCCUUCAUCAAGAAGUACAUCCAGUACGCCAAAUCUCGUGUCAAGCCCGUCCUCACCAAGGGCGCUGCCGACCACAUCGUCACCACCUAUUCCGCCCUCAGAAACGACGAGCUGUCCGGCAACCAGCGCAGAACCUCCCCUAUCACUGCCCGUACCCUGGAAACCCUUAUCCGUCUGUCGACCGCCCACGCGAAGUCGCGUCUAUCCAACCGAGUCGAGGAGCGGGACGCCAAGGUCGCUGAGUCCAUCCUGCGAUUCGCCAUGUUCAAGGAAGUCCUUGAAGACGAGCGCCGGAAGAGAAGAAAGGUCACCACCUUCGACGAGGACUCAGAAACCAGCGACUCGGACUCCGAUGACGACAACAACACCCCCGCGCAGACCUCCAGCGCCACCCCCCGAUCAACCGCCCGGACAGGCCUUCGAACCCGUGCGGCCAACGCCCGCGCCGCCCUGAACGAGGACGCCGAAAUGGACGCAGACGGCGACAACGUCUCCGAGGACGGCGAUGGUCUGUACAGCGCCAGCCCCCGCGGCCAACGACUCCGCUCCAGCCAGACCCAGACGCAGACCCAAACACAGAGCCAAUCCCGCAUGUCCGUGGCCUCCUCGCAACCGGAAUCGCAGCUUGUCCAGUCCCAGACCGACAACUCGCAGUCCCAGACCGCCAGCGCUGUCUCGUCGGAACCCAUCCAGCCCGCUCGUUUGACCGUCUUCCGGCAAGCCCUGGGUCCCCUGAUGGGAACUCGACUGUUCACUCACAGUGACACCGCCGACGUCGAGGAACUCAUCGGCGCCGUGAAUACCGCACUGCGUACUAUGCCGUCUCUCGGCGAGAGCCAUGUCUUCCAACGGGCGGAAGCUAUCGAGGCCCUGCGGGCUAUGAAUGACAGAAACGAAUUGAUGUACCUUGAAGAUGACGAAACCGUCUACAGAAUCUAG